AUGACCGACAACAUAGCAACAAGCUACUUCCAAACCCAAAAGAAGCUAAGUCCAAAGCAAGCAAGGUGGCAAGACUUCUUGGCAGAGUUUGACUAUACCAUCGAGUACAAGCCUGAGAAGGCGAACGUGGUAGCCGAUGCCUUAAGUCGCAAGGCGGAGUUUGCAAGCAUUUCUCAAUUCACUAGCCCAUUGCUAAGCAAGAUCAAGGAGGGACUAAGGGUAGACCCUCAAGCACAGAGCCUCAUUACCUUAGUAAAGGAAGGCAAAACCCGGAGGUUUUGGCUAGACGACGACCUUCUCUACACGAGAGGCCGCCACAUCUAUGUACCGAAGAUGCGGGACGGGGUCGAAGAAUAUGUGUCGACGUGUCUAGUUUGCCAAGAAGAGAAGUCCGAGGAGUUUGGGAGCAUCAUCGUUGUGGUGGACAGAUUUAGCAAGUAUGCAACCUUCAUGGCUGCAUCAGCCGACUACACAGUAGAGCAAAGCGAGGCCACCAACAAAAGUCAUUUUAAAAUCGUGUUGGGACAACAACCUACAACACCUAUAUCCCUUGUCACUCGCUAUGAAUGGAAUAGCUCAACCACGUUCAAGUUCGCCAAGUCAUGGCAUGAGCAAAUAGAGUUAGCUCGAGCGGCGUUGCACAAGGCUGCCAAGAGGAUGAAGAAGUGGGCGAACAAGAAGAGGAGGCAUGUUGAGUUCAAGGAAGGCGACCUUGUACUUGUGAAACUCUUGCCGCAACAGUUCAAGGCCUUUAGGAAGGUUCACAAGGGCUUGAUCCGCAGGUAUGAAGGGUCGUUUGAGGUAAUCAAACGCGUAGGCAAAGUUUCAUACAAGUUCAACCUCCCGCCCAAGUUAAAGAUACAUCUGGUCUUCCAUGUGAGUAUGUUAAAGCCCUACAACGAGGAUGAGGAAGACCCAUCAAGGGGAAUAUCGCAUCGGGCACAUACAUCGGUUGUCACCAACUCUGAUAAGGAAGUAGAUAAAGUACUUGUAGAUCGGGUCAUUCGACGUCAAGGCGUGCCAAGUUAUAAAGAGUACCUCAUCAAGUGGAGAGGUAUGCCCAAUACGAAAGUAAAUUGGGAGUCUGAGGAUACGCUUGGGCAGUUCAAGGACAAAAUCCAGCAAUACAAUGAAGCACGAUGA